UCAUAGACGCUAGUUAGCUUAGUAAGAUUAUAACCCGAGAGGUUAUUCAAGAUCAAAUUCCGUCAAUAUCAUUCGAUUAUAAUUCGACCUCGCCCCAUGCCACCUCAUAAACCACCCUAAAACCCUCAGUCCAUUUCUCCAACAUCAAGAAAACACAACAACGGUGAAACAACUUCGUCUUCUCCUCCUCAAACCUCCACCAUUUUUAACCUCUAACCCUUCAAUACCACCCUCUUCAUUUUCUCUCUCCUCCCUUUCUUAACCUCCAACAGCCAUUAUAACACCCUCACCCACCUCCCAAAACGACAUGGAAAGGCAAGAAUUGUUGCGCAAACUCCGAGUUCUAAUCCUUCGAUCCCGAUUCGACUCAGUUAAAGAACUCAUCAAACCUCUCGUCAAUUCCAAAACCCUCUUUUCUUCUCCCUUAGAGCUUUGCGCCGCAUUUUCUCUCUCCAAUCCUUCUCUAAAAUGCUGUUUUUACAGUUUAGUUUUGUUCGCUUGUGCUGAUUCUAAGCUCCCAGAUGAAGCAAUGGGGUUACUUCAGAUUAUUAGAAAAGAUAGAGAUUUUCCUGCCAUUAAUGCUUUUAAUAAGUUGAUUGAUUGUUUGGUUUCUACCCAUCAAUUUGAUAAGGCUCUUGGUUUGUUUGAUGAUGCUUUGGAUUCCGGUUUUUGGGUCGAGAAAUUUGCAUUUGGGAAGGCGAUACAGUCUGCUGUGAAGCUUGGGGAAAUUGAGAGAGGUUUAGAGUUGUUAAAUUUGAUGAAGGAGAGAGGAAUUGGUGUUAAUGUGUUUAUUUACAAUGUUUUGAUUAAUGGGUUUUGUAAAGAAAAGAGGAUGAAGGAUGCACACCAAUUGUUUGAUGAAAUGUUUCAUAGAAAUUUGGUUCCGAGUCAGGUUACUUAUAAUACAUUGAUUGAUGGGUAUUGUAAGGUUGGGUGUUUGGAGGAUGCUUUUAGUUUGAAGGAAAGGAUGAAGGUGGAUAAUGUAGCUCCUAAUUUGGUUACCUUCAAUUCAUUGCUAAAUGGGUUGAGUAAGGCUCAUAGAAUGGAGAAAGCUGGUGGGGUAUUAGAGGAGAUGAAAUCACAUGGUAUCGUGCCAGACGGGUUUACUUGCACCAUUUUGUUUGAUGGGUAUUCGAAGUGCAGUGAUGCUGGUACAAUGUUGGUUAUAUUGGACAAUAUGGAGUCUUUUGGUUUGAGGCCUACGUUUGUUACUUUUAAUUCUCUGAUCAAGAAGUUCUGUGAAUCGGGAAACAUGGAGGAGGCGGAGAAAUGUUUGGAAAAUAUGAGCGAAAAGGGAGUUGCUCCCACUGUUGAGACGUAUAACAUUCUCAUUGAUGGUUAUGGUAGGAAUCAUAUGAUUGAAAAGAGUUUUGAGGUGUUGGGAACUAUGGAGAAUCGUGGUUUAAAACCGGAUGUAGUAACUUAUGGCGCUCUUAUAAAUAGUCUUUGCAAAGAGGGUAAGCUUCUUGAAGCUAAGGUUAUUAUGGAGGAUAUGGUGGUAAGAGGAAUUUCUCCCAAUGCACAGAUAUAUAAUAUGAUUAUUGCAGGUCAGUGCAAUGCAGGGAAGCUGCAGGCUGCCUUUGGGUUAUUUGAUGAGAUGUUGCGAAAGAAUGUAGAGCCAACAUUGGUUACUUAUAAUUCUCUUGUUAAUGGGUUAUGCAAGAAUGGGAAAUUACAGGAAGCUGAAGAUCUUCUUCCACAGAUUAUUGAAAAAGGCUUGGCUCCUGAUGUCAUCACUUAUAAUUCUCUGAUUCUCGGGUAUGUUGGAGCAGGAAAAAUCUUGAAAUCCAUAGUGUUGUAUGAUUCUAUGAAGAAAAAAGGCAUCAAACCAACCUUAAGCACCUAUCAUUCACUAAUUAGUGUUGGCAGCAAAGUAGGUUUGUUGCUAGUAAAUAAAAUUUAUGAAGAAAUGUUGGCUUUCAACCUGAAUCCUGAUAGAGUUGUAUAUAAUGCCCUUAUUUAUUCCAAUGUGGAGCAUGGAAACAUUGAAAAGGCGCUUUCUUUGCAUGAUGAGAUGACAAUCAAGGGAAUCGAGCUUGACAAGAUGACAUACAAUAGUUUGAUUUUGGGCCACUUAAGGAUGGGAGAACAGAAUAAGGUAUUAGACCUAAUCAAUGAUAUGAAGGCUAAAGAAAUUCUUCUAAAAGCUGAUACUUACACUAUACUAGUUGAUGGACACUGCAAACUGAAUGAUUUUGAUGGGGCAUAUGCUUGGUACCGAGAAAUGGUUGAUAAGGGUUUUCUCUUGGCUGUUAGCAAAUGUAAUGAGCUUGUAAGUGGCCUCAAAGAACGAGGAAGGAUAGAAGAGGUCCAAAUAAUCUGCUCGGAAAUGAGUGUGAAAGGGUUGGGUGAUUGUAGCGCCGAUGCAACUUUGUCUGCAGUUGCAAGCUGAUAAUUAUGGCAAGCUCGCUGUGCAGUCUGAAGAGCAUGUAAAGAAGUGUUUAUGAUUACGUUACCUGGAAAACCACUAACACAGGUACUCCAUUAUUUGUUUACUGAAAUUUGCUGUGCCUUGAAUCAAGGUGGUGAUUUGGAGUUCCUCAUGAUUUAAGAACCGCCUUUUUGGUUUGUCUGUACAUUAAAAUAUGUUGUUGAUCUAGAUUCUAAAGUCAGCUCUCCAUGCUCCUUUGAUGCAAGCAAGAUUUUGCUGUGUGGUCAUUGUGUAGUAUUUUGUAUAUCUGGAUGAUAUCGCCAAUUGUGACCUUCACACGCCAAUUGUGGUCUUCACACCGAUUGUCUGUUUAAUAAAGGACACGGACCCUGAUAUUUGUAUCAUUUCAAAUAACUCUGCUGAUCAGGCUGAUAGUCAACAAACGCAUUCAACAUUAAGGAUACUGCAACAGAAUGAAAACGGAGUUACAGAAAUAUUGUCAGUGUAAGCCUCCAUAAGUGCUAAUACUGGUGCUAAGAACCUUUGGAUUUUCAAGGGAUUUGUACUUUGAAGCUCAUGUAAAAUGUAAAUUGUAAAUUGAUUAUAUUUAUACCAAUGUCUAUAAUUUACCCUGCCCCAACAAAGAGAUCUGUAAUCUUUGUAAUUUUUCCGGAGAUAUCGAUGUCAAGUUCUCAAUAAGAUUCACUUUGCAGCAAAGAACGGAACCAGAG